AUGCCAGAGGAGCCUGUCAAUGGGCUCGAAGAGAAUGUUAAUUUUGCAGCAUUGGAGCGAUAUAAGUGGAUCAUUGCCAGGGUUCGCUCUUAUGGAAUGAAGGUCAUGCAGACCCUUUUCCAUCACUCAUUGCCACCAUGGGCUGCUCCCAUCCAUGUAGUUUCCUUGUAUACACAUGUUUACUUGCGAAAGGUUGGUGGGCUUCUGAAUUUUGAUUCUGAUAUACUUCAUGUGUUGUCCAUCAAAACAAUUAAAAAUACUUUAAAAAAUAACUAUUAUGGGAUCCCUUCAUCCUUUGAAAGUGGCCUGGGAUUAUCAGCAGAUUGUAGCCCGGGAGUACCUUCAACCAGUGGGGCUGAUUCCGAGUUGACUUCUGAAGAGGAAAUUACUCGGUUAUUGAACUGUACUGAUCACUACUCCGUGUUGGGUUUGUCCCGGUGGAACGUGGAUGUUUCUGUUCUGAAGAGAGAGUAUAGGAAGAUGACAAAGCUGGUUCAUCCUGACAAGAAUAUGGGCAAUGAGAAGGCUGCAGAAGCUUUUAAGAAACUUCAAAAUGCAUACGAGGUGUUACUUGAUUCCUUGAAGCGAAAAGCAUAUGAUGAUGAAUUAAGAAGGGAAGACUUGUUGAACUAUUUUCGUAGGUUUCAAAGUACUUCACAAAAGAAUGGAGAGCGUGGUUUCUUUGCCUCUUGGUUUGCACAUUCAGAGGCUGAAGGUGAUGACCCUUUUGGAGAAUCAAGGCGAAUAGCUUGCAAAAGGUGUGGCAACUUUCAUCUCUGGGUGCAUACCAAGAAAUCAAAAUCCCAAGCAAGAUGGUGCCAGGACUGCAAAGAUUUUCAUCAAGCAAAAGAUGGAGAUGGAUGGGUUGAGCAAUCUUCACAACCCUUCCUUUUUGGAUUAUUGCAGAAGGUUGAUGCUCCCACUGCAUAUGUUUGCGCAGAUAGCAAGAUAUAUGAUGCCACUGACUGGUAUAUUUGUCAGGGAAUGAGAUGUCCAGCCAACAGUCACAAGCCAAGUUUUCAUGUAAACACCAGUAUAACCUCCAAACACAAUACCAGAAAGGGAUCCAGUUCAGGACAAAGAAGCGGUCGGAUGCCAACACCUAAUAUGGAGGAAACCAUGACAGAAGAAGAAUUAUUUGAAUGGUUACAGAAGGCAGUGCAAGCAGGCGAGUUUGACAACUACAGUUCUGGCACCUCUAAUGAGAGCCCAUCAGCCAAGGCCGGAAAUGGUCCAAAGAGUGGCGGAGGUGGCAGUAGCAGUGGCAACAAAAGGAAGAAAAAGGGGAAGAAGCAAUGGUGAAAGUUAUAUAUUCUUACAUCCUCACCCCCCUCAAGUCUUGGAAGCAUUUUGUAAAGGGCUUAUAUGCUUCAACUUGAAGAGAGGUUGUGAUCUUUGCUUAUUUGAAUGAAGGCCUGAGGAAAAAGGGUUGAAGUUCGUUGAGUUGUAUGCUAGCAUGGGUGAAAAUGGUUUUAAGCCUGCAUCACAAUUUGUAUAUUGCUGCGAUGUUUUGGUAAUCAGAUGCGGGGAACCCACAUCAAACAAAUAGAAUGCCAGCAAGAAUGGCAGUGACACUCAACGCCUCUGUGUAGCCUCUUUCAGAUCACCGUGCAGUUGGCUGCUUAUCUUACUGAUGUUAAAAGGCUUGAUGAGCUUGCUUCAAAACCUUCUGCAAUUGUGAAAAGGUUUAGGAUCUGUAUCAUCGAGAAAACAUGUGAGUUUAUAGAGAGAAGGGAUCAGAACUCAAAGACUUCAUGUCUUCAUCCCUCACUUUUUUUUCUUAAAAAAAGAAUUACUCAGGCCCAUCCCAUGUACAUACUCAAGAUGGGAAGAUGAAUAAAGGGAUAAAAGAAGAAAACCAGAAAAAACGAAAAUGUUUAAAUUGAAAUUACUAUAUUAACAUAUUAUUAAUUACCGAAAUUGUUAACCUCAGAAGGAGAAAAAAGAAAGGGAAAUGCUUUGAAUGUGCUGGGAUUAUGUUGAUUCUUUUGCGUUAAGCUA